AUGAAAAACUCCGCUCAUAACAUCUAUGGAGAUCUUCCGCAAUUGAGUGUCACUGGGCUUGGCAGAAAGACGUUCAAAACCAAGUACGGAGAUUGUUCAGGAAUAAAGGUGUGGGGAUUUCAUGUCGAGAAGAAAAUCUGGCCAGUGGAGUAUUAUAAACAUCAAAAUGAUUUUUUCUCUUGGACUAAAGUAGAUCUUACAGAACUUGCUGAUGCUCCUUCCCACAACUCAUCGAACGAUCCUCUAGGGACUGAUUUUAAGCUCUUCUUGGAGAACCAAUUACCUGAUGAUUAUAUGCAAAAUAAGGAAUAUUGGGUAUUUAAUGAGGCCACAGCUACUAUCGUCAUCAAGAUCUCGGCUGGGAUUAUUCUUCUUCUUGAAGCAAAGGAUCUCCUUCAGUUUGGUGAGCGUGAUAUUUGUACUUUGGCGAGACAUCAACUUGUGGUCAACGAUGAAAUUCUAGAGAUGGCUACAAAAGAAUUCACAGGAAUGGUUAGUGAAAUUAUCAACAAGAGGAUGUGGGCAGGUGCCUUGGAAAGUUCAGAUGUGAUGAUCGUUGACAAGCCAUGA